AUGUCGGACGAGUCAUCUACCAGCAGCGCUUCCAAACCUGCCACUCCCAAGUUGAGCGGUCUCUCCCUUACAGAGUACACAGCAGCUCCGACCCCGCCGAACGAACGAGCCCAGACCAAAGCUUCUGGUCCCAGCUGGGAUAUUCCCGAUACCUUCCUGCUUCCCAAUGGAUAUCCUGAUUAUCUCCGGUUGAUUUUGACAUCACGGGUCUACGAUGUGAUUCAUGAAACGCCCCUUCAUCAUGCCGUGAAUCUGAGCAAUCGACUUGAAUGCAAGGUUCUACUGAAGAGGGAGGAUUUGCUUCCUGUGUUCAGCUUCAAGCUUCGUGGGGCGUACAACAAAAUGGCUCAUCUGAGCCAGGAGCAAAGGUGGAAGGGCGUCGUUGCGUGUUCAGCAGGUAACCAUGCCCAAGGUGUUGCUUUCUCUGCGCGAAAAUUGAAGAUCCCGGCAACCAUUGUCAUGCCUGCUGGCACACCGGCCAUUAAACAUCUGAACGUCUCGCGUCUAGGAGGAAGUGUGGUUCUGCACGGGAAUGAUUUCGAUGCUGCCAAGGAGGAGGCGCAUCGGCUGGAGAAGUUGCACGGGCUAGCGAGUAUCCCUCCCUUCGAUGACCCAUAUGUGAUUGCUGGACAAGGGACUAUUGGAUUGGAAAUUUUGCGUCAGGCAAACCUCCAGAAACUUGAAGCGGUUUUCUGUGCUGUGGGUGGUGGUGGCUUGAUUGCUGGUGUUGGAACCUACAUCAAGCGUAUUGCACCGCAAGUGCGAGUGGUUGGUGUUGAGGCAUACGAUGCCAAUGCCAUGGCUCAGUCUCUGAGCUCGGGCUCUCGCGUGCAGCUGAAUGAGGUUGGACUUUUUGCGGAUGGAGCAGCAGUAAAGAUCGUCGGAGAAGAACCGUGGCGGUUGGCCCGUGAGGUUGUCGACGAGGUCGUUCAAGUCUCCACCGAUGAGAUUUGUGCAGCUAUCAAGGAUGCCUUUGAGGAUACACGAUCCAUCAUCGAACCGGCAGGCGCACUUGCUUUGGCUGGUCUCAAGAAAUAUAUUGCCAAAAAUCCCAGCCCUGAUACAAGCCGAGAACUGGUCGCUGUUACCUCUGGUGCAAACAUGGACUUUGAUAGGCUGCGAUUCGUCGCAGAACGCGCAGCUCUGGGCGAACGCAAAGAAGCCCUCCUGAGUGUAAACAUCCCUGAGAAGCCUGGGGCCUUUGGGAAACUCAUUGAGGCAGUUCUGCCGCAUUCCGUGACCGCCUUCAGCUAUCGUUAUGCGCGCUCUGACUCUGCAGAUGUCCUCAUGGGUAUCUCCUUGUCAGCUUCGACCAGUCGAGAAGAUCUGGCCAAAAUUAUGGACAACAUCACCAGUGGGGGCAUGACUGUGAACGAUGUGAGCGAUGACGAACUAGCCAAGAGGCAUGUGCGCUUCUUUGUUGGUGGUCGCAGCAACGUCAAAGACGAACGCAUCUUCAUGUUUGAAUUCCCUGAACGCCCUGGUGCUCUGGCCAACUUCCUCAGGACUCUCCGUCCGAACCAGAACAUUUCCUUGUUCCACUACCGCAAUUAUGGGGAGGACGUUGGAAAAGUCCUCGCAGGCAUCCAAUGCCCCGACUCUGAAAAGGAUGAUCUAGCGGCGUUCCUUAAAGAGAUCCGGUAUCCGUUUACCGAGUGCACAGAUUCACCGACGUACAAGAUAUUCCUGCGCAAUGACUGA